CGAUACUUAACAGAAUAGCAAGACCCCGGAUGCGCAUUUGUUUAUUUUGCGUGGAACAUUUGCCAUGGAGGGACAUAUAUUCGUGGCGAUUUUUGUCUUAUUUUGUGGGGAGUUCCAGUUAUCUGUAUCACAGGAAGUGCAGCUUCUUGGACCAGCUAAUUUAGAGACUUUGAACAGGGAGGUUCGGAGACACCUUCUGUCAACCAUUACUAGAGAGUUGUCGACCGUGAAGCAGAUGAUAGAUUCCAUGCAGCCAAAGAUGGCCGACUGUCAGAAUAAGACACACGCGCUGAUGGGGGACUGUAUCCACUGUGUCAACGACUUAUGUCAGAACAGGAUCCGGAAGUGUCGAGGAAGCGCCAAAGUUUUACUUCCCGCCUCAGGGGGCGUUUCGGUCUCCAAUCACCAGAACGAGGCUGGCGAAUCCACCGUCACCAUCUGCAGCAUCCUCCAAGACAACUCCAGGUCCUGUCAGACGAUCAUGAACCCCGAUGGCAUCAUGGUGUCCUCCAUUUCUAAUAUGGGGAACACCUUGCAGGUCCAUCUGCACGGAGCUGUGAAUGACCUUGGAGGAAAUGUGGGCACAUUCAUCAACGGGAUGCAAACGUUCAUUGGGGGGUUCAGUCCCUCUAGCUCCUCCCUCAACGCCUCAGAGUGGCAGGCCCUCCAACGGGCCGGGGAACAAUACGGACAAAUAGCGACGGAAAUAGGACAACAGAUGGAACAGAUGGGCAGGAACAUGGAGCACUCAAUGAACAACUUUGCUCAACAGAUGAACCAUGGAAUGAACCAGAUGGCCGUCGGAAUGACUGACAUGUUCAACAAUAUGGCCAACAGCUUUGGACAAUGGCAAGUUCCCAACCAACCAAUCAACGUGCCUAGUGUUGUCAACAUCCAAUCCCAGGUCCCUAGCAACACCCAGAGUGUCGUCAACAUCAACUCAAACGUGGGAGGAUUUGAGGCCCCUGUUGUUCAGAACCCCAUGAAUUUCCAGUCGUUUGACAUGCAAAUGCCCGCAUUUCCAUCCGUCGUCAACUUGAAUUCUCAAAUUCACACACAGAAUAACAUUCCGGCUUCUCAAAACAUGUACCACAAUUCCCUGCCGGCUUCCGCUUCAAGCGUCGUCAGGGUGAACAACAAUGUGGUCCAUCAGACCAACAGCAAUGUCCCACAUGUGGUAAACAUCAACACCCACAUCAAGAACAAAAACGGCAAAACGAAACGUAAACAUAACGUGAACGUCAACAUGGGGAACUCUUUCGGCGCAUUCGACGGAAACGCAUUCGCCGCAAGCAUCAACAAUCACAUCGCCAAUGUAUUCAGCAAUAUUUUCGGGAGAAAAAAGCGAGCAGCGACCACCACCACAACCACAACGACGGCGGCUCCAGGUUUGAGCCGAUUCCGGGUAUCCAGCAGACGAUCACGAAGAAGGAAAUCCAAAUCCAGUCGAAAAGGCACUACAACUACCACAACUGCCGCACCAAUGAGUUCCACUUCCAAGACUAUCGCGGCACCAAGCACCACUCCGGCCCCCAUCAUCAAAACCAAGGCGGAUCAGAUCGUGUCUCAACUGGAGCAAAGCUUUGCUGACCGGUUCACGCAGCCAAGCAAGGAAACACCCAAGGAAACCACAGUUUUCAUUGAACCACCGAAGACAUCCGAACUUUCGUUUGAUCCCGAGGUCAUUACGCAGAAAAUCGGAACCACUGAAAGAAUAGCCAACUCGCAUGACGACUCCCCCGCCCUGCAGGCGUUACUGGGGGUGAUCCUACCGGACGAUGCUUACGGUUUUCCCAUCGAGGUCCCCACGACCACCACCGAGAGUCCGAUCACACCCCUCAGUCUGGGUAUAAAGGACCUGUUCAAGUCCAUCACUGUACCCCCCAGCGUCCAGAGCGCCGCGGAUGUUGCUGACUGCGGGACCAUUGUGAUUGACCCAGACUCCUGUGUCAAGUAUAAGUCACAGUGUGCCACAUGUGCCCAGUAUAUCGACAAAAACAAGGGGGACAUUCUCAAAAGAGUGUGUGGUGACAAAAUAGUGAAAAAUGGGAACAAACUCACAGAAAAACUGGAUAAACUGAACGAAGUGUACAAUCAGGUGAUCGCCUCGUCAAAUCUCCUCACAAAGGUUGAAUUUCAGGAGUCCAAGAUCGACUCUACCACCCUGUCCGUUACCGGAGUACAGAUCACAGCUUUAAUAAGAGGCGAACCUCUCCGCUUCUCCGCAAAGGCGCCUUUGUUCGUGUUCGAUAUGGCGAAAACUGCCAAAACGUUAUCUAAGCAGAUUUGGCAAUAUUGGUCCCCAAGCACAAUUCUGGAUUAUUGCUUGUUUGUUGCCGUACUUUUGGUGUCUGCAGUAGUAGGACUCUAUUAUUUUCUAAAAGAGAAAUUUGGGAAAAAAGAGAUGACGUCAGACGACCUGCUGAUGGGAGGGCGGGAAAUGAGUGUGUUUCCGGUUGCCAUGUCUCUUGUUGCUAGCUAUAUGUCUGCGAUUACUGUUUUAGGUGUACCCACAGAGAUGUACGUGUAUGGUACAGAAUACUAUCUGGUGGGAUUUUCCGGGUUACUUACCUAUCCUGCCACCUGUUUUGUUUUUCUUCCAUUUUUUCACGGCUUAGGACUAACUAGUGCCUAUCAAUAUCUUGAGCUCCGGUUUAACAGAUGGACGAGGUGCCUAGCUUCCUUCGUCUUUGUCAUUGAAAUGAUACUGUACAUGGCUGUAGUUUUAUAUGCACCUGCUCUUGCCCUAAACCAAGUAACCGGGCUGUCCCUGUGGGGAUCCAUUGUCAGUGUGGGGGUAGUGGUGACCUUCUAUACCUCACUGGGUGGACUACGGGCCGUGUUGUGGACAGACACGUUUCAGACGUUCGUUGUUGUAGGGGGCCUCAUUGGUAUCAUCGUGAUGGGCUGUAACAGACUGGGAGGGAUGGGAGAGGUGUGGCGGAUCUCACAGGAGGGGCAAAGAAUUCAGUUCUUUGAUUUUGACUUCAGUCCUUUUAAGCGGUGCACAUUUUGGGGGCUGAUUGUUGGAAGUUUUAUUGGUCAGCUGACUAUUUAUGGAUCUAGUCAGACCAUGUUACAGCGUUACAUGAGCAUAAGUAGUGUCCGCAAAUCACAAAUUGCCCUCUUUGUAAGCUUGCCCACAACAAUACUACUUAUAACAUUAGUGUGUAUCGCUGGCCUCGUUAUAUACGCCACUUACCACGCAUGUGAUCCCUUAAUAGACGGAAAAAUCAUUUCUAGAGACCAGCUGUUGCCAUACUACGUCAUGGAGGCCCUCGGGGAAAUCCCAGGUGUUCCCGGAAUCUUCGUAGCCUGUAUAUUCAGUGCCUCCCUAAGUUCUAUUUCUUCCUGUUUGAAUGCUGUCUCCAUCACCGUCCUAGAGGACCUAGUUAAGCCCGCCAUGGAAUACUUCGACAAGACCAUGACCACCAAAACAGAGGCAAGGUUGGCCAAACUGUUAGGAAUUUUUAGUGGAGGGCUGGUGAUCGCUUUUGCAUUCCUCUGUACGAUUCUUGGAUCAACUGUCUUGCAGAUAAUGAUCAGUGUGUUUGGACUGGCGGGCGGACCUUUACUUGGUGUUAUUGUGAUGGGAAUGUUCUUUCCCUGUGUUAACGGAGCUGGUGCCCUGGCUGGUUUGGUUAUCAGUACUGGGGUGAUGUUCUGGAUUGUAAUUGGUUCAUUUGUGUAUGACGUCCCAAUGCCCGUACUUCCGUUUUCGACAGACGGUUGUGCAGCUGAUGACAGCACAGUCUCCUACGUUUACAAUGCAUUCACCACACACAUAAUGGAUCUCAGUCACGUGGUCGAAAUCCCAGUCACAUCAACGCUUGCACCAUGGAUAGAAUGGUCCGGCUUUAAGCAGAUAUACAGUAUCUCGUUCUUGUGGUAUCCCACGGUGGCGCUCUGUGUAGCCCUGGUGGUCGGGAUCCUCGUCAGCUGUAUCACUGGUUGGACGAAAAAGCCGACAAGCCCAAGAUUUGUGUAUCCAACUGCAGCCAAAUUUUGUUGCUGUCUUCCUUACAAAGCAAGGCGAGGGUGUGACCGACUUUUCACAUAUAAUGUUUUGGCCGCGGGAGGAGAGGAGCUGUUGACAGACGACGAUGAGGAAGAAGAAAUCCACUCUUCAAACUCGAUGAAAAAAUGUUCCCGGGAAACAGCCAAACUUCUUCCUUCGGACAAAAAUCGAAUGGACAGCUUCGAAGCAGAAUUGGACGAUAACACAGCUGUGUGAAGCAAGGUGUUUCCUCAACAAAAGUCUGACGUCACAAACCACAAAAUGCAGUGCUUGAAGCUGCAAUUAUUAUUAUAUUGUUUUAACGUAUGCAAGGACAUUGAACAUUUUUUUGUAUUUUGUUUUUGUAUAAUCACUGACCUGUUAUCUAUGACCUGCGUUUAAUUUAAUUGAUUUGAGUCUUAGAUUGUCCCCUAAUUAGUAGCCUGUGGGAGAAGAAUGAGGGAUGGGGGGAUAACAGAUGUGGCCAUUUUGCCAGAAUAAUAGAUUUUCCUCAAACUACAUCUAAUUUUGAUAGUCUUUAUUUACGACAUCUUGCAGCACAAAUUUAAUUAAAUGUUUCAAUGAAGUGUCAUCAACCAUCUGAAAUAAAUUUUAUCUCUGGCAGUGAUGAUUUUUAAUAAUACAUGUAAUAAAGAUUUUUAGAAUUA